GAUGUUUAAAUUGACUAAAAACGUGAAACUUCAGUUUUUAGUAUACUGUGAAAUGUUGAAGUUGAUCAUAAUAAUAAUUAUAUUAGGAACGAUCAUUGGUGGCGGAUUUGGUCAAUUAAGAAUCGUUGGAGGUAGAAAUGCCAAAAUCAAUCAAUAUCCAUAUCAAAUAUCAUUGCAAAGUAGUAGUGGGUUCCAUUUUUGUGGCGGAUCUCUUAUUUCUAACACGUGGGUUAUGACAGCAGCACAUUGCGCAGAAGUUGAAGAUGAUUAUGAAAACAUCAGAACAUGCAAAAUACGCGUCGGAAGUUCCAGAUACAACAAAGGUGGUCAAAUAUUGAACAUUCGAUCAGCUAUAUUGCAUCCUUAUUAUAAUUCAAAAACGAUAGCAAACGAUAUUGCGUUAUUACGUCUUGCUUCACCCGUCACUAUUCAGUCUGCUAAACCUGCUCGUCUUCCACGACAAGAUCAAGAAAUCCCAGAUGGUACCAGUCUUAAAGUUACAGGAUGGGGAGUUAUUAAUACUUUCACACGCGAUAAUUCUAUUAUUUUGCAAGCUGUUGAAGUUCCGACCAUCAACGAUCGGAUUUGUAAUCGGAUAUACAUUCGCAAUAUGAAAAACAGGUUUUGCGCUGGAUUUCUUGCUACUGGAGGAAAAGAUAGCUGCCAGGGUGAUUCUGGUGGACCUGCUGCUAUAGAUGGAAUCAUAUUUGGCAUUAUUUCAUCUGGAUACAGUUGUGCUGAACCUUAUUUUCCUGGAGUUUACACGAAAGUGUCUAAAUUCCGAAAUUGGAUUAAACAAAUUACUGGCGUGUAAGAAGUAGGGGAACUUUUGGUCAAGGUUAUGUAAGAAACAUGCAAACUACAGGAAGAAAAAAUCUGAAGCAUAACAAUAAAUAAUGUUUUUAAUGAUAUAUAUUUUAAUUGUUAUAUUACUGAGUUUAAAUAUAUUUAUUAAAAUC